AUCGACCACGAGAAUAUCGUCAAGGUAUACCAGACUGCGCCGAGCAUGCUCGGGCGGGGGCAUACCCUCAUCGAGCCCGGCGGGCCUGUUUGGGGCGUCAAUGUAUCGGACUAUCACACGCAGCUCGCGGUUGCCUGCGCGGAUGGUGCAUGCUCGACGACGAACACACUUAGGCCUACGAGGAGGGGCGGCGCGGUGCCGUUUUUCAUAUACAAAAUCUACCAGUUGGAUUUCAGUCGCAAAACAGGCGAGUAUAGGAUGCUCGAACAGUUCCUACCGCAGGUGAAAAGCUCGCAUACUAGCUGUCGAUCGCGAUGCUGA